AUAAAACGCUAUGCAUUCCAUCACUUUUCGCAUUCAUCAUUCUCUGUAUCUAUUCAUUUUUCUUUUCAUUUCGGGCUUUGUUGAUUAUCAAUAAGCUUCAAUCCAUGGCUUCGUAUGAUCAACAACAAGGAAAGCCAUUACCCAAGUUUGGGGAUUGGGAUGUGAACGAUCCUGCUUCAGCGGAAGGAUUCACUGUUAUAUUCAACAAAGCCAGAGAUGAAAAGAAAGUCGCCUCAGUCUCGGGACGAUUCCCUUCUCAACGAAAACACGAUUCUCGAAAACGCAAGAAUCAAAAAAAGAGCAAGAGUUCCACUAACCCAAAGAAAAAAUGGUUUUGCUUUGGCCCAUAGAGGAAGAUUAUUACAGAAGGAGGUGUUCGUUGAUGGGAUUGAUUCAAAAUCUUAUUAAUACUUAUUAAUUUGUUCUUGAGACUCGGGUGAAGUGAAUAGUGCAGCUGAUGGAUGAAUCCUGUUUUAGUUGUUUCAUGUAUUGUAUUGUGUUAUUUAUGAAUUGCAACAUACUUACAUGAA